UCUACCACCUUCCCGUCUCGUCUCGUCUCGUCUCGUCGUCACCAUUUAUUCCCUGCGACACCAAGGGGUCAGUGACUAGCUCAACCUGACAGCCAAAGCAGCGGCCUUCCUCGGUUACCUUAACUCUCGCACGGAUUGCCGGAUAUCGAUCGAUCCGACGCCGGCCAUGAGCGACCAGCCCCAGCCCGUCCGCACCGGCGACGUCUACCCGCCCUCCGCGUCCGCUCACGACGCGCGCCGCCAGCGCGACGAGGUGCUCGGCGCCCAUGGUGGUGAUCAGCAGCAGAAUCGAGAUGGCGAUCUCCGGGUCACCGAGGCCGACGAACCAGACGCCGGGCGACGCGUCGUCACCGCCACAGCCGGCGGCCAGGUGAUGGCGCAGUUCACGGUGCCGGUGCCGGGCGCCGGGGUGGAGGAGGCGACGGACGCGGUGACCAUCGGCGAAGCUCUGCAGGCCGCGGCGCAGACGUCGGCGGGCGACAGGCCGGUGGACCUCGCGGACGCGGCGGCGGUGCAGGCCGCCGAGACGCGCGCCACGGGGCUCGGCCGCGUCAUCCCCGGCGGCGUGGCGGCCGCGGCGCAGCAGGCCGCGGAGACCAACAUGAGGCCCGGCCUUGCGGAGGAGGACAAGGUCCGGCUGAUGGACGUGCUGGGCAACGCCGCGGCCGUGCUGCCGGCCAACAAGGUGGCCACGAGGGAGGACGCCGUUGCGGUGGCCACAGCUGCGGAGCGCAACGCCGCUGCGGGAGGAGGGGGAGGGGGCAAGGGCGUCGCCAACGCGGUGGCCGCGGCCGCCGAGAUGAACGAGAAGAGGAUGACGCGCCGGCGGCAGGCUUAGGCUUGGUACGUAGCAGGCUAGCGGAAGAAGGUGCAUGGUACUGUAAUACUGUAUACGUACCAUGUUGACUCUCAAACUAGCUACUCACACGAGGAUGAGGAUGAGGAUGAGUGUGCACGCACGUCUCAAUAAACAUGUGUAUUUCCAAGCAAUCAACAUAUCUGAAUUUAAAUGAAAUGCACGCAAUGCACUUGAACAC